GAUAUGAACGAAAUUGUGUCUGAAUUCAUUCUUUGGAUUUACGCUUUAAGCCCACAGUCGUUUCCUACCUCCUCCUCCCCACCUUCCAUAUAUACAGAAGAGAAGUCCAAGGGAGGUGAAGGGAGGAGGAGGAAGGAAGGAAGGAGGAGAGGGAGAGGGAGAGAGGAGGUGUUUCCAUAGAGAGAAUUAAAAAAUAACCACCCCUUAGCAGCGCAGGCUCCUUUCACAACCAUCAAAGGCAAAGGAGAGAGGAGUCCAGGUUGAAGCACCUGAUGCCUUUCUUCUUAUCUUGAAAGAGAGAGAAAGAGAGGGAAGCAGGCGCUGCCAAGAAGAAGCUCAGGGCGAAGGGUUUGCCCUCCUGGCUUCUCCCCAGAAUCACAGUGACGUCGGGCAGAAAGGACGAUGGCUCAGCCCAAGGUCCUGGUCCUCUUGCUGGUUUUGCUCGUGGCCAGGAGAGGCCUUUCGCUCAAGUUCUACCAAGCCGAAUCCAUCUACGGCUGCAUCAACGCCGCUCUCUCGGACGCCAGCAGAGCCUUCCUGGGGGAAAACUCCCCCUUGGAAAAGAGGAGCUUUGGCCUGCGGUCAGGAGGCGGGGAGGAGGCCGAAGACGAAGAAUCAGAGGAGGAGGAGAAGGGGAAAAGGACGUAUCCGGGGGUCACGCGCUACAAGUCCCUCUCCCAAUGGCAGGGCAAGGGCAAGGCGCCCCCAGGACCGGCCAAAAGUGACCGCCGCACUAAGUUCACCCUCUCCCUCGACGUCCCCACCAACAUCAUGAACAUCCUCUUUAACAUUGCCAAGGCGAAGAACAUGAGGGCCAAGGCGGCCGCCAACGCCGAGCUGAUGGCGCAAAUUGGCCGGAGAAAGUGAUGAAGACCGGGAAUGGAGAGAGGGAAGGGGCCACCACCGUUGAGCCCCGGAAGAAAGCCUUUGCUCUUGCCCUUCCUUCCCUCCAAACCCCGCUCGGAAGAACUGUCUGCUGUACUAUACAACACAAGCGCUGUAUAUUUUCCAGUCCUCAAAAGCUGUUUCACAUUCGUGCUUCAUUUUCCCCACCGCCUCUUUCUGUUUCAUUUUCCCCCUUCUCGGUGGAACCUGUCCUAAGUGGAGCCAAUAUCUGGAAUACUUACUUACCCUCCAAAAAAAAAAGGAAGGGCAAAUUGUUCAUUUUCCAUGACACGGGCUGCAAUUAAAGCAAAUUCUCUUGAGUUUCUAA